CUAGCUAGCUAGCUAGCUAGAACUCCAGAAGACCCCGCCUUCUGCGGAGGAGACGCGGUGCCAAAUAUUCCUGACUGCGCAUUUUGAUGGACUCAUCCCUACAUACCUCAAUUUCGUCGCAGCUGCGUUACUUCGCACCAAGUGAGGUAGCUGCGCACAACUCUCGUGGUGACUGUUGGGUAUCUCUCCAUGGGAACGUAUACGACCUUUCUAAUUUUUCUUUCAAGAAUAACCGUAAUAUACUGCAACCGGUUCUACAAUUGGCCGGUACAGAUGUAUCGCAUUGGCUCGACUACGAUCAAACGAACACCACGGAAAGUCUGCAAGAGAAGCACAGAAUCAAGACAUACAUCGACCCGAUCAAUUGCCUCGAAUCGACAUAUGCCCAAGAUGGGGAAAUUCUCCGCGUCAUUUCGGAAGAGCCUCGCUGCAACUGGCAGGGCACGAUGCCGUGGUGGGAAGAUGAUAGUCUAAUUAUAGGCAAGCUUUCUUCGAAAGCUUGCAAGAUAUCAAUUAAAAACGCGACAACUGGUCAGGAGGAUGUACUUGAAGUGCCUUGUGAGGAAACCAUAGCACAAAUAAAGGAUCGUUAUUGGGCGUAUAAUGGUCACGGGGAUAGCUACCUUUGGAUAUGUGCACGGUUGGUGGCUGACGAAGUGAUGUUUGAAGAAUUGGACUUAAGCUUGACUUUAGAGCAGAACGGGGUGAUGGGAAGUUUAGAUGUCGACGGAAACCUCAACAUCUGUUCAGAAAAACGUAUGCCUGUGAUAUACGUGCAAUUUGCCGACGACCUUUCGGUCUUGUGAAGAAGCUUUUCAAAAAAGAAUAGCAGACAGUGUUCAGUUUAGAGUGUUCAGCACAAUUCUGUCAACAUGCGCAACUGUAUUGUGCACGCUCGAGAGGCCGCUUAAGUUGAAUCGAAAGAAACGUCGUCUGUAGCUGCAGGUGCAUACUGAUGACCUCAGCGUGUGUUAAUUGUACCACAGCCUGAUAUACAGUUAAUUGAGUAUCUUUGUCAGGUUCCAGCGGGCUUCCAUGGCGUAACUGCAUUCUACAAGCAAGUGAUAGUAAGCUGCAAUAUUCCUCAUUGUUGAUGCCCCCAAGCGAAGUGUGGCAGUGUCCAAUCCACCAUCUGACUCAAGCGAACGAACAGUGAAGUGGCGAAAAUACCCACGCGCCAGUUGAACGAGUGACCACCUGUUUUCUAAAAUGUUUGCACACUACACGUCACUCACUCACCGGAACCUGGUAGACUACCUUCGUAGAGUAUACCGAAUGAAGGUAGCUAGCUAGCUAGAGCUGCCUUCGUAGGCUAGCUAGCUAGCUAGCUAGUAGCUAGCUACGAAGGCAGCUAGCUAGCUACAGUAGCUAGCUAGAUAUUAUAGACUAGCUAGGAUGGAGUAGUGUAGCUGACGAUAUAUCUAGAAGUUGAGGUUU